AUGUACAUCGUCUUCCGAUAUCUCCUCCACAGCACCAAAACUCCUGUCCAAGUAUGGCCCGACCUCCGCGAGGCCCACGACGCAACCUGCAACAAGGGAAUUUCACGGAAAGAAUUAGCAGACAAGUUUCCAAACCUUGACUUUUCAGCUUGUCCAGAGAAGUGGGACUUUCCGCCGCAUACCCCGGAUGAUGCAACGGUACGAGCCGAAAGAGUUCGGCGGCGGUUGAAAGAUGUUGCUAGGACCGGGGGUUAUAAAAAUAUCAUGCUCGUCACGCAUCGAGGCAUUGCUGCGUUUCUAGUGCAGGGCGAUAGAUUCAGUGUUUGCGAACACCGGUCAUAUCGCUUCGCCACGAGUGAAGAAGUCGACAAUGCGAGGCAUGGAGUUAACGUAGAUACCGGCCUUGAGCAAGAUUUUGGUCCGACAGUGCUGAUACCAGCUGAGAAGCCGAAAACUCGCCAAGACAAGUCAAGCUGA